GGGAGGGAAUUGGCAAUCUCUCUGCCUACGUGGGAGAGAAGGGAGGGUUGGGGGAAGUGUGGAAAACCUGAACCUGAGCUGCUGUCGCCUGAGGAAGAUUUGGUGGGAGGAGAAGCAGAGGGGAAGAGACGGGUUGAGAGUGAGGUGAGGAGGGCAUCUAGGUCACUGCUCCCGGGGGGGCACAAAGUUCGCGAUGUGGCUGAAGCCUGAGGAAGUGCUUCUGAAAAAUGCGCUGAAGCUGUGGCUGAUGGAAAGGUCCAACGACUACUUCGUGCUGCAGCGGCGUCGGGGCUACGGGGAGGAAGGCGGAGGGGGGCUCACAGGGCUUCUGGUUGGGACUCUUGAUUCAGUCUUAGACUCUACUGCUAAAGUUGCUCCAUUUCGCAUCCUACACCAGACACCAGAUUCUCAAGUUUACUUGUCAAUUGCAUGUGGAGCCAACAGAGAAGAAAUAACCAAGCAUUGGGAUUGGUUGGAACAAAAUAUUAUGAAGACCUUAUCUGUAUUUGAUUCAAAUGAAGAUAUUACUAAUUUUGUACAAGGAAAAAUAAGAGGAUUAAUUGCUGAAGAGGGAAAACAUUGUUUUGCAAAAGAAGAUGAUCCUGAGAAAUUUCGAGAAGCCCUUUUGAAAUUUGAAAAAUGUUUUGGUUUACCAGAGAAGGAGAAGUUGGUGACCUAUUAUUCAUGCAGUUAUUGGAAAGGACGGGUUCCUUGUCAGGGUUGGCUUUAUCUUAGCACCAACUUUCUGAGCUUCUAUUCUUUUUUGUUGGGAUCAGAAAUAAAACUCAUUAUCUCCUGGGAUGAAGUCUCAAAACUUGAAAAGACUUCAAAUGUCAUACUGACAGAGAGUAUUCACGUGUGUUCCCAAGGAGAGAAUCACUACUUUUCAAUGUUUUUGCACAUUAACCAAACAUACCUUCUUAUGGAACAGCUGGCAAACUAUGCCAUUAGAAGACUUUUUGAUAAGGAAACAUUUGAUAAUGACCCAGUCCUUUAUAAUCCUCUACAGAUCACCAAAAGAGGUCUGGAAAAUAGAGCCCACAGUGAGCAAUUUAAUGCCUUUUUUAGGCUGCCCAAAGGAGAGAGUUUGAAAGAAGUACAUGAAUGUUUCUUAUGGGUACCAUUCAGCCACUUCAAUACUCAUGGGAAAAUGUGCAUCUCAGAAAAUUAUAUCUGCUUUGCUAGCCAAGAUGGCAAUCAGUGUAGUGUAAUCAUUCCACUACGAGAGGUCUUAGCUAUAGAUAAGACAAAUGAUUCCAGCAAAUCUGUCAUCAUUAGCAUCAAAGGAAAAACAGCUUUUCGCUUCCAUGAAGUUAAAGACUUUGAACAACUGGUAGCAAAAUUCAGGCUCAGAUGCGGAGCAACUUCAACUCAAUAUCAUGAUAUUAGCACAGAGCUUGCUAUUAGUUCUGAGUCUACAGAGCCAUCUGAUAAUUUUGAGGUGCAAUCUUUGACAAGUCAGAGGGAAUGCAGUAAAACUGUGAACACUGAAGCCUUAAUGACAGUAUUUCACCCUCAGAAUUUGGAGACUCUUAAUUCUAAAAUGUUGAAAGAAAAAAUGAAGGAACAGUCAUGGAAAAUACUGUUUGCAGAAUGUGGGCGUGGUGUUAGUAUGUUUCGAACCAAAAAGACUCGAGAUCUUGUUGUAAGAGGCAUUCCAGAAACCUUAAGAGGAGAACUCUGGAUGCUUUUUUCAGGUGCUGUUAAUGACAUGGCUACUAAUCCUGGCUAUUAUACUGAAGUGGUUGAGCAGUCCUUAGGGACCUGCAACUUGGCUACUGAAGAAAUUGAACGUGAUUUACGUCGCUCUCUGCCUGAGCACCCAGCCUUUCAGAGUGAUACUGGCAUAUCUGCUCUGAGAAGGGUACUCACUGCUUAUGCAUACAGGAAUCCCAAAAUUGGAUACUGCCAGGCAAUGAAUAUUUUGACUUCAGUGCUGCUUCUAUAUGCAAAAGAGGAAGAAGCUUUUUGGCUUCUGGUUGCUGUAUGUGAACGAAUGUUGCCUGAUUAUUUUAAUCGUCGAAUUAUUGGUGCCUUGGUGGAUCAGGCAGUCUUUGAAGAACUUAUCAGGGAUCACCUUCCUCAGCUGACAGAACACAUGACUGAUAUGACAUUCUUUUCCUCAGUUUCUCUCUCUUGGUUUCUCACACUUUUUAUUAGUGUGCUACCUAUUGAAAGUGCAGUGAAUGUGGUGGACUGUUUCUUCUAUGAUGGAAUAAAGGCCAUUUUGCAACUGGGAUUGGCAAUACUUGACUAUAAUUUAGACAAACUGCUGACUUGUAAAGAUGAUGCUGAAGCUGUGACAGCUUUAAACAGGUUCUUUGACAAUGUCACUAAUAAGGAUAGUCCAUUGCCUUCAAAUGUUCAGCAGGGUUCAAAUGUGAGUGAUGAAAAAACCAGUCAUACUAGAGUGGAUAUUACAGAUUUGAUUAGAGAAUCAAAUGAGAAAUAUGGUAAUAUUCGCUAUGAAGAUAUACACAGUAUGCGCUGUCGAAAUAGGUUGUAUGUGAUACAGACCCUAGAGGAAACAACAAAACAGAAUGUGUUGCGUGUUGUAUCACAAGAUGUGAAAUUGAGCCUUCAAGAAUUGGAAGAACUUUAUGUCAUCUUUAAGAAAGAGCUGUUUUUAUCUUGUUAUUGGUGUUUGGGUUGCCCAGUAUUGAAGCAUCAUGACCCCAGUCUGCCAUAUUUGGAACAGUAUCAGAUUGACUGCCAGCAGUUCAGAGUGUUGUAUCAUUUGUUGAGUCCCUGGGCUCAUUCUGCAAAUAAAGACUCACUAGCUUUAUGGACAUUCAGAUUGUUAGAUGAAAACUCUGAUUGCCUUAUAAACUUCAAAGAAUUCUCCUCUGCAAUUGACAUAAUGUACAAUGGAAGUUUUACUGAGAAGCUUAAGCUGCUUUUUAAGCUACAUAUUCCUCCAGCUUAUACUGAAGUGAAAUCUAAGGAUGCUUCAAAAGGAGAUGAACUUUCCAAGGAAGAAUUACUUUAUUUCAGUCAGCUGCAUGAUAAAGGCACUGAGGCCCAGAGAGAAGUGACUUGUGCAAGGUUUCACAUUUCCAAGCCUGCAAAUGAGAAGGAAGCAGAAUCAGCAAAACACAGCCCUGAAAAAGGCAAAGGGAAAAUUGAUAUUCAAGCAUAUCUAAGUCAAUGGCAAGAUGAGCUUUUCAAAAAAGAAGAAAACAUUAAGGAUUUACCAAGAAUGAAUCAGUCUCAGUUUAUUCAGUUUUCAAAGACCCUCUAUAACUUAUUUCAUGAGGACCCUGAAGAAGAAUCAUUAUAUCAAGCCAUUGCUGUUGUAACCAGCCUUUUACUCAGGAUGGAAGAAGUUGGAAGGAAACUACAUAGCCCUACAUCAUCAGCCAAAGGAUUCUCUGGUACUGUCUGUGGUUCUGGAGGACCCAGUGAGGAAAAAACAGGGAGCCACUUGGAGAAAGAUCCUUGUUCCUUUAGGGAGGAACCUCAGUGGUCAUUUGCAUUUGAACAGAUUCUUGCAUCGCUGUUGAAUGAACCAGCAUUGGUGAGGUUUUUUGAGAAACCAAUAGAUGUAAAAGCCAAGCUGGAAAAUGCAAGAAUUUCUCAGUUAAGGUCUAGAACCAAGAUGUAAAUCCCUAGGAAUUGCCUAUCAUAGACAAGUUUACUAACAUUCCUGUAGCUGUCAGCUUGAUUCCUGUGAGUAGGGCUCAGGGAUUUAUCUUGUUACCAAUGUGUCUGGAGGCCAAAAUAUAUAUCCAGAAGCACAAUGCAUCAUUCCUUUGUUGUUGAUAAUGGGCUUUGUUAGCACUUUUUAAAACAAACAAACAAAACAAAAAAAACAAAAAAGCAAACCACAUUUGUUAUCUCAAAUUUUGAUGAUAUUCUCAAAUACAAAUAUACUUUUCUAUAUUUCACAAUAUAUGCAAUACCAGAGGAAUAUGCUAAAUGUUACCACCAGAGGGCACAAGCAUAUCACUUUUAGUAAGGAAAUUACUAGCUUGUGUUGCUAUUUACAUAUGAAUUACUGAUUAUUUUGAAAAGACAGUGUUAUGCUUGGGUGUUAGUGAGGCUGAUAUGUCAUGUCAAUCGAUAAACCCUACUUUCCAAAUUAUCUAAAAGAUUACCAUUUGGGGCCCUUGUUUUCAAGUUAUCUAACUGAAAUAUUAUUAAUUUUUUUAAGUUAAUCUCAUUCAGUCUUCUAGUAAUAAAUGCUUUUUUAAGUACCUUCUACGGUCUUCCUACCUGAGGGGUUCAGAGGCUGCUGACUCACACUGCUAACUCUGUUACUGACAAAAGCAAAUCAAUAACUCUAAAUUCUGGGCUGAUAUAAAGAAAAAAACAAUAUUGGAUUUGGAUUUAAGCUGGGUAAAAUCAGCCUUCUGAGAAGGGCUAAGAAACAGUUCAAUUAACUGUAUAGGUCUUUCAUUAGACCGAGACAUCACUAGAAAUUCUGGGCACUGCUGUUUGUGGUAUUUGUCUCAGAGUAGCUUAUGACUGUUUUGGUUCUAGCUUUAGAUUUUGGAUUUUCACCAGUCAUGUGUUAAUUUACAUUAGAUAGUAAAGAAUGGCUACACUAAGACUGAAUUAUCUUAUUAGUCUGGUAAGCAUAUAAAGUAUACUUGUAUGUAAUGAUUACCAAGGUAACAGAAUUGCUGACAUCUGUCUAAAAAGUUUUGACUAUCCAAUUUAGAUGUGUAAUUUCUAUAUACUUUAUGCUGUUUAUAUUUCAAUCAUUACACAGAGUCCAUUUAGAGAUAAUGGGCUUUGUUAGCACUUUCAAAAAAAAAAAGCAAACCAUACUUGUCCACUGUCCUGUGCUAUUCCUACCAAGGACAAUUUAUUAAUCAAUUGACUUAGAAAAUUGGGGGAGAAAUCAUUCAUUGGAGCUUCUUUCUUUACAAAAGACUUUGGUUAUAAGCCUUUUGACUUUUCUAGAUGUGAAACCAUGAAAGGGCAGACCUCCUUCAGAGUGACUCAAGAGGUCUCCCUUUCUUGGAGGGAGUUGGUACAGUCAGCCUUUGGGAAGAAUCCACUGUGAACAAAGCUUAACACAUGGGACUUCAUCGCUCAUAGAAUAUGUUAUUUUCAAAGAAGUUCAAGAAUUUUCAAGUUGAGCCUUUGAAAAUCCCAUAAAUUGGUUUUAGCUAAACACUUACUAGUAGUGUCUUUAAAUUAUUUAAUCAACCUUGUCUUUUCAAGGAAAUUAUCACUUAAAGAGAUAGUUGGUAAAUAAACAUCUAUGCCUUUUCUCAGAAAUGAUUUGCUGAACUAUGUCCACGUUUUACAGCUUAGAUAAUAGUCUAUAUGGAAACUAUUAUACAUCUGCUAUUAUGCAAUGAUUGUUAAAUUAUACUGAAGUAGCUCUAGAAAGACACAUGUAUACAAGGCACUAUUGUACACACUUUGCUGAAUAUUUUGUCAGUUGUAUUUACAAAGAAAGGUACUUUCUUAAGAGCAUAUAUGUUAUUAAUAUUUGAUAUGAUUUUAAAGUCAGAAUAGUACAGAUUACUGAGUAUUAUACUUUAGGCUAGAUUAAUUAAAAUUGAAUACUGAAAGAGAUUUUUUGAGUUGCAAAAAGUUUAUAAAUGCAAAGCAAAAAGAAAACAUUUAUUUUCUGAGUCUGCAGGAGAAACAAACUAAACAUUAUAGUUUUAUAGCUGCUAUCUUGUUAACCAAACAGGUUGUUCAUAAUAUUAAAAAUCUUACGUAGUUGUGUUAAACUGAACCAGUUCAUUAUACCUUAUGCAUUAAAUUAAAUAUGUUAUAAGGCUUUACUUGUCUUUAUAAAAAUAAAUAUAUCCACUAAACAUGAAAAAUGGUUUACUUAAAAA